AUGUUUUUUCAACACAAUUUUAAAUUUAAUGAUAACUUAAUUGAAAAAAAACACUUAAUAUCAUUUUUUGAACAAGACAGUAAAUGUAAUUUAAGAACAGCCCCAAAAUUAACACAUUCUCAUAUUUUUCCUGGACCAUUUGAGAAAAUGAAAGUUUUUUUGGCUGCGCAAGUGUUUAGUCAAAGUGUAGCAGCCGGCAUGGAGACUUACCUUGUUAGUAAUAAAUUGGAGUCUUCUUCAAAGGCAACAAUAGAUUUUAUUGAAAAUAUGGACAAACUUUUUGAUAUCUUCAAUUCUUCAAGAAGGCCAACUUCAAAAAAUUUCAAUAGACCCUUUAAACAAACAAAAGAACAAGAAGACCAUUUAAAAUAUGUGCAUAAUUUUUUUACAAAUUUAAUUAUUAUCAGCAAAAAAGAACAAACUGAUGUUAUUAACCGGAUGAAAUUUAUUAAUGAAAAAGCAAAUUGCAUAAAUGAUUUGGAUGCAAUUUUAACUCAAAUACCCACUGAUUCAGACUUAGACAUUAGCACCCUAUUUGCUGAUAAAACACCCUUUCAAUUUAAAAAAACGUGUCCACUUUCUAUAGGACAUGUUGAUUAUAGAAAUUUAGAAAUUCCCGAACAAAAUGCAUUCAUUUAUGUUUGUGGAUAUAUUAUGAGUAAAUUUCUAACCAGACACUCAUGUGAAAUAUGUUUAGAGUAUGCAAAAACCCAAAAAAAUUUAGAUCCUUCAUUUUUAUUAUGCUUUUUUAAAGCGUAUGAAAAUGCUGAAAAAUCAACGUUUGGAAAUUUAAAUAUGCCCCAUGAAAAUUUUUACAAUUAUGUUUAUAGCUUGGAAUCUGAAUUUAUAAAUAGUUUUCCUAUUUUGUCUGUUGAAAAAGGAAUAGGCGAUAAACUUAAAAUGAGAAUGCUUAAUAUUGAUUAUGAACAUCCAUGUCCCAACUUUGAUAAAGAUUACUUACUGAAUUUUUUUUUGCGUUUUAGAAUUUAUGCUUCAAUUAAAUUUUUAAAUAGACAUUUGGUAUCUGAAAAAAAAAUCAAAAACAGAAAGUUAGCAAUUUUGCAGCAUUUGUAA